GACUUCUGGGUCCUGUAGUCCCUCUGGCUACGGACGGGUCCGAAGUCCUGCGAACUGCGGGCCCCUGCCCGGACUGAUCCCUGGCCUCGGUGACCCUUGUGACCAGCCUCUCGCCUCGGCUGCUCUCGCACCUCUUCAUUUCGCCCCCUCUUGUCUCGAUCCGCAGCCCUUACGAUGGAUCUCGGGCCCGCCCCUGACGGGGCUCCGAUAGCCGGCCUAGGCUGGGCUUUGGCUUCGGCUGUGCCGCCCCGGGGUUACAGCGCGAUCACAAGCACAGUGGAGGGGACACCUGCCAACUUUGGGAAGGGAUUUGCACAAAAGUCUGGCUACUUCCUGUGCCUCAGUCCUGGGGAAACUGGGACUGGCAGUGGCAACAGCGGUGAGACUCUCCAAGAAAAUGUGGUCACAGAUAUCCAGAUCCUAAAUGAGAAAACACCUCUUCCCAUGGGCUUCACCUACAUCAGCGAGUUCCUAGAUGCCAAGGCAUCAGUAUCAAAAAAGAAACGGGUCUGCAUGAAGCUGGUCCCCCUCGGAGUGGCUGAUACGGCUGUGUUUGAUGUCCGGCUGAGUGGCAAGAGCAAAGUGGUGCCGGGAUACAUACGUGUUGGGGAAAUAGGUGGCUUUGCAGUUUGGUGUAAGAAAGGUAAAGUCUCCAAGCCCAAGCCCCUUCCUAAGCCUCGGAGCAUCAGCUUGGAGAUGAGAGGCCUGUCCCUGGAUAAGUCCAGUGACAGCCCAGGGAAGCACUCCACAUUGAGCUCAAGACAAGGGACCAUCAGGAGGAGCGAUUCCAUCUACGAGGCUUCUAGUCUAUAUGGCAUCUCAGCUAUGGAUGGGGUUCCCUUCACCCUGCACCCCAAGUUUGAAGGCAGAGACAAUGGUCCAACGGGCUUCUCUUCUUUUGCAGACCUGACCAUUAAAUCUCUAGCGGACAUCGAGGAGGAGUACAAUUAUGGCUUUGUGGUGGAGAGGACGGCAGCAGCUCGCCUGCCUCCCAGUGUCUGUUAGCUCCCACUGGAGGAGAGAUCAGCCUUCAAGAUUCUGGGAUGGCAUAGUGGUGCAUUGCUGAUGACACAGUGCCUUUCUUCUUCUUCCUCUUGCCUUCUCUGCCUCUUGGGUGAUACUACAUUCCACGGUCCCUUCUGAUGUCUGGAAGUCUACAGCCUGUCCCAGCAUCUGGGACAGGCAGCUCAGCCCCCUAACAGGAGCCUGAGAGUUUGCCACUGAAGGUGCCUGGUGAAGGGAAAGGAGGGGUCCUAAAAUUCUUCUGCCAAGUGUCAGAGGUUAUGCUCUGGCACAGGGAUCUCAGAGGGUUCCCUGCCCCCAAGGGCCUUAAACUGACAUGGCUCUGGGAGGCAGGGAGCAAAAUGUGUGCCUUGGACUUUUUCUGGUGAUAAGCCUGCAGGACUGGCUCAAUUUGCUCUUAGAAAUAAAAACUUCUUCUUGAU